ACAUCGAGAGGCGGGAUCAGAACCAAGGAAAGGAAAUCCGAAGGAAACGUGUGGAGAGCUCUGCUGUGUUGUUCGGGAUUUAACGAAUUCACCGAAUAGUACCGCGCUUCGGGAGCGUUCCUCCGAACACAAGCCGCCCGUGACGGGCCGCCAGAGAGGGGCUGAGUCGGGGUGAGUCGGCGACAUGUCGCUCCAGUACGAGGAGGAGCCGCUGGCGGAGCACUACGGCUACGGGCCGCCCGACUCCUUCCCCAAAGACUUCGGCUACGGAGAGGAGGAGGAGGAGGAGGCCGAAGACCUCCCGGCCCCGGCCGACAGCAAGCCCCGCAUCUUGCUCAUGGGGCUUCGGCGCAGCGGGAAGUCCUCCAUACAGAAGGUGGUCUUUCACAAGAUGUCCCCUAACGAGACCCUGUUCCUGGAGAGUACCAACAAGAUCUACAAGGACGACAUCUCCAGCAGCUCCUUCGUCAACUUCCAGAUCUGGGACUUCCCCGGCCAGGUGGACUUCUUCGACCCCACCUUCGACUACGAGAUGAUCUUCAGAGGGACCGGCGCGCUCAUCUUUGUCAUCGACGCUCAGGAUGACUACGUGGAGGCUCUUGGCCGCCUGCACCUCACGGUGACGCGGGCGUACCGGGUCAACCCCGACAUCAACUUCGAGGUGUUCAUCCACAAGGUGGACGGGCUGUCGGACGACCACAAGAUCGAGACCCAGCGGGACAUCCACCAGCCCAACGACGACCUGGUGGAUGCCAGCCUGGAGAAGCUGCACCUCAGCUUCUACUUGACCAGUAUCUACGACCACUCCAUCUUCGAGGCGUUCAGCAAGGUGGUGCAGAAGCUCAUCCCCCAGCUUCCCACGCUGGAGAACCUGCACAUCUUCAUCUCUAACUCGGGGAUCGAGAAGGCCUUCCUGUUUGACGUGGUCAGUAAGAUCUACAUCGCCACCGACAGCUCCCCGGUGGACAUGCAGUCCUACGAGCUCUGCUGUGACAUGAUCGACGUGGUCAUCGAUGUGUCCUGCAUCUACGGGCUGAAGGAGGAUGGCAGCGGCAGUGCGUACGAUAAGGAGUCCAUGGCCAUCAUCAAGCUGAACAACACCACGGUGCUCUACCUCAAGGAGGUCACCAAGUUCCUGGCGCUCGUCUGCAUCCUGCGAGAAGAGAGCUUCGAGCGCAAAGGCCUCAUCGACUACAACUUCCACUGCUUCCGGAAGGCGAUCCACGAGGUGUUCGAGGUGGGCGUGGCCGCGCAGCGCUCCUCGGCCCCGCCCCCGGCCACCGCCCCCUGCAGCAAGACCGUCGCUCUCAACGGCACGCCGCGCAACACUGUCUAGACCCCGCCCCCUGCAGCCCCCCCACGCCGCCACAGCCCCCCUCAGGGACCAGACGGAGCAGGACCGGGACGGAGAUCCAAACAAAGCCCUGUGUACUCUGGGGGGGGGGCCCUGUUUACUCUGGGGGGGG